GAAAAGUGUGCAGUGUGUUUUUUACAGUGUAGUCACAGUUUUUGCUGCAAAGAGCUAUGGAUUUUGUGAGAGUUCUAGUUGUGGGUGUUUUCAUUUCAUUGGCCUUGCGAGAUGGAUCAGCUGAACAGGUAAUGGGUUUGCCACCAUGUGAUUUUCCGGCAAUCUACAACUUUGGCGACUCCAAUUCCGAUACCGGGGGUAUAUCAGCAGCAUUUCUACCAAUUCAAGCACCAUAUGGCGUCAAUUUCUUCCGAAAACCUGCCGGAAGAGACUCCGAUGGCCGUCUCAUCAUAGACUUCAUCGCCGAGCACUUGGGUCUACCAUACUUGAGCGCAUACCUGGAUUCGAUUGGCACAAAUUAUCAUCAUGGUGCAAAUUUUGCCACAGGAGGAUCAACCAUUCGGAGACAGAACGAAACCAUAUUCGAAAAUGGUAUAAGCCCAUUUUCUCUGGAUAUCCAGACUGUCCACUAUGAUCAGUUCAAAGCAAGAACCAGUGAGCUCUACAAACAAGCUAAGGACCCGGCUGAUAGAAGCAAACUCCCUAGGCCUCCUCAGUACUUUUCCAGGGCUCUUUACACAUUUGACAUAGGCCAAAAUGAUCUUGCUGCUGGUUUUCGGAAACUGUCUGAUGCCCAACUUCAAGCAGCCAUGCCUGAUAUAGUCAAUCAAUUAGCAUCAGCAGUUACUCAUUUAUAUCAACGAGGGGCAAGGGCAUUCUGGAUACAUAACACAGGUCCAAUUGGUUGCUUGCCAGUAGCCACUCUGUAUAUUCGCAAUCCAAAUCCGGGUUUUCUUGAUCAGUAUGGCUGCAUCAAGGGUCAGAAUGACAAGGCUAUAGAGUUCAACAGGCAACUUAAGGCUAGAGUGAUCAAACUGAGGGCAGAGCUUCCUCAAGCUGCUCUAACAUAUGUGGAUGUCUAUGCUGCCAAGUAUACAUUGAUCAGCAACACCAAAAAUCAAGGAUUUACCGAUCCACUGAAGAUCUGCUGCGGGCGUCACGAUAACAACAUCAAUGUCUGGUGUGGACAGAGAGCUAUUGUAAAUGGUUCAGACGUUUAUGGUGAUACUUGUGCAUAUCCUUCAACGUAUGUGAGCUGGGACGGUGUUCACUACACUCAGGCUGCAAAUCAGUGGGUUGCUAAUCACAUACUCAACGGCUCAUUGUCCGACCCUCCGAUUCCGAUCACCCACGCUUGUCAUAAGCGUUUACGCAUGUAACUCUAGCAAUAAUCGUGUUCGUCACUGGUGUUCUUUUCCGUCGUAAUAAAUGGUGAAAUUUUAAAAUAAACAUUUCGCAAAGUCAACACGCAUUGAUUCAAGGACUAUAUAAUGGCCUUUUUGAGCCUCAACUUAUCUUUUCUUUUCUCCAAAUUUUGCAUACUCUUGGAAAUAUCAAAGAAUCGAU